GCUCGGUCUUUACUCAUAACCCAACUCUUUGUUAGAUCCGCAUUUUGUCUUCGUAAACCAUCUCUCUCUAGCUAUUCCCUAUGUAGUGUACAUCUCAAAUAACGGACACCAGCUCGAUGAUCAACGACAACUAAAGUGAUAGGUAGCGACAUCAAGUGCAAUGAACGGUGGUGGCAGAGGUGAUGAACAAUGACGGUGAAGAUGAAGGGUUUAUUAUCUAAACCUAUCAGGUGCUUUAAUACCUAGAGUACGACUAUGAUGAUUUGAAUCUGCUCAAGGGGCGAGGACGAUUGAGGUGACAUGGGCAAACAGGCGAUGAACGGUUGCGGCCAAGCGUAUGACUCUGAUGAUUCGAAUAUGCUCGAGGGGCGAGGAUGAUUGAUAUGACGUGUGGAAACAUCAAGCACGAUGAGCGGUGGUGGUCAAGGAGCGGAUGAAAACGAUGAAGGUGAAGACUAGAAAAUAAAAGGCCAUUACUCCCGGCCACGUGAACGCAAAGCUGCCGGGCUUCCGUUGUAUCUUUCACCGCUAAACCGAAAUAUCGGGCAAACCCGCGACCCCUCUGUUUUCGCCUUCUGGUUUACUUCUCUCUCUCGAGCACGCAUCUUCCCCAUCGCAAUUACCAAGCCCUAUCCGGCCCGAUCUCGCCGCUAAUUCAGACUUUUUAAUUCCAGAUCCAUUUCCGGUAAGCAAAUUCGUCGAUCGUACGGAAAGUACUCUAAUUUGUAGACCCACUCGAUUGUACAUUUAAUUCAGUAGGUUUAUUGAUUAAUUGCGUGUUGCUAUGCAUUUCUGGUACCUCUGAGUACAUAUAUGUAGAUUAUCCUUUACGUCUAUACUUUAGUGGAAUAUUUGUUCUUCAAAGUAUAAACUGUGUGUAGAUUUGUGGUUCCGGAAAUACGAUUUUGUCUUGUUUUUUGUUAUGAGAAAAUGCAUUUCUCUACCUUCGUACACUUUUUGCUUCAUUUUCUUCUAGUUUUGAAUCCGAUUAUACAUUUGCCUGGGCCUCUCGUUAUAAGAUAUUCCUAUUGUGUUUUGGUCGCAGCUACAUCUUGACAUCUUGUUAUGCUUGAAGUUUCUAGCUGUAGGGUGAUGUGGAUUAGCUUCUUUUUUAUUGAAAUCUUGAUUGAUGUUUGACACUCUCACUGACAAGUAUGUCCAGUGUAUUUACAGUGUGCUUUGCUAAGAAUUGAUUUUUUAAGACCUAAUGGUCACAGUGACACAUAUACUAGAAAUGUUGUGGUUUGUCCGUGUCAUAUGUGCAUGAAUUUGCGAUAGGACAUAUUCAAUUCAGGUCGAAAUUGGUAGUGAAAAAAGGGGAGGGUGGUUACAUUGACAGUGAUUAUUCGGUCACUGGAUUUAUUUACUUUUUUAUUUGCAAAUUUUUUCCUUCAGAUCUAGCAUAUGUGGAUUAUAUAUUGAAUCAUACUAUUGUCUAGUGGUUCUGAUUAUGGAUUCUGUAGAUUUAAUGGUCUGUGCUCUGCCACUUGUUGCUUAGAUCUAUCAGGGGGUCAAGAGUCUGUCUCCUUCUCAUAGCUAUGGCCUCAUCAUUAAACUUGCGGAGGAUAUACUGGGCUGCUUUAUCAUAUUUCAUUCUCAUUUCACAUGCAUGUCAUGGGUUUUAUUUGCCUGGAACCUACAUGCAUACAUAUUCACCUGGUGAUGAAAUCUUUGUCAAAGUGAACUCAUUGACCUCAAUUGAGACUGAGCUUCCAUUCAGCUACUAUGAUCUUCCUUAUUGCACACCUCCGAAUGGGAUUAAAAAAAGUGCUGAGAACCUUGGGGAGUUGUUGAUGGGAGAUCUAAUUGAGAACUCUCCCUACCGUUUCCUGAUGAACGUUAACGAGUCACUUUACCUCUGCACUACACCGCCACUAAAUGACCACCAGGUAAAGCUUUUGAAACAAAGGACUCAUGACCUAUAUCAGGUCAACAUGAUUCUUGAUAACUUGCCUGCUCUGAGAUAUGCUACCCAAAACGGGAUGAAGAUUCAGUGGACAGGAUUUCCAGUUGGGUUCACAUCACAAAAUACUAAGCAAGAGUACAUCAUUAACCACCUCAAGUUUAAGGUUUUGAUUCAUGAGUAUGAGGGGGCUGGUGUAGAAAUAAUUGGCACUGGAGAAGAAGGUAUGGGUGUUAUAACAAAUUCAGAUAAGAAGGCUUCUGGUUAUGAAAUUGUUGGUUUUGAAGUGACCCCUUGUAGUGUGAAGUAUGAUCCUGUCAAAAUGGAAAAGCUCCAUAUGUAUGACAGUGUUUCUUCUAUAAGCUGUCCAUUGGAUCUUGACAAAUCUCAGAUCAUCAGGGAGCAGGAGAGGAUAUCAUUCACUUAUGAGGUUGAGUUUGUGAAAAGCGACAUCAGAUGGCCAUCUCGAUGGGAUGCUUAUCUGAAGAUGGAAGGUUCUCGGGUCCACUGGUUCUCAAUUCUCAAUUCGGUAAUGGUGAUCGUCUUCUUAGCUGGCAUUGUUUUUGUAAUCUUUUUGAGAACAGUCAGGAGGGAUCUAACGAGGUAUGAAGAAUUGGACAAAGAAGCUCAGGCACAGAUGAACGAGGAACUUUCUGGCUGGAAGCUUGUGGUCGGUGAUGUCUUCAGAGAGCCAAACCAUUCGAAGCUGCUCUGUGUUAUGAUUGGAGAUGGGGUUCAGAUUACCGGGAUGGGAGCAGUGACAAUUGUUUUUGCCGCCCUUGGUUUCAUGUCCCCAGCAUCUCGGGGCAUGCUGCUGACUGGGAUGAUUCUGCUUUAUCUGUUCUUGGGAAUUGCAGCCGGUUAUGUUAGUGUCAGACUGUGGAGAACAAUCAAGGGGAGUUCAGAAGGGUGGAGAUCAGUUUCUUGGUCAACCGCAUGCUUCUUUCCAGGGAUUACUUUUGUUAUCCUCACUGUUCUAAAUUUCAUUCUUUGGGGAAGCAAGAGCACCGGUGCGAUUCCCAUUUCGUUGUAUUUUGAACUCUUAGCCCUAUGGUUUUGCAUAUCUGUACCUCUAACUCUAUUGGGAGGGUACCUUGGAACAAGAGCUGAGCCUAUCCAGUUCCCUGUACGGACUAACCAGAUUCCCAGAGAGAUCCCAUCUCGCAAAUAUCCAUCAUGGCUUCUUGUUCUUGGUGCUGGAACUCUUCCUUUUGGUACCCUUUUCAUCGAGCUUUUCUUUAUCCUCUCGAGCAUCUGGUUUGGGCGGUUCUAUUAUGUCUUUGGGUUUCUGCUCAUCGUUCUCCUCCUGUUGGUGGUAGUCUGUGCAGAAGUUUCUGUUGUCCUUACUUACAUGCAUCUUUGUGUUGAGGACUGGAUGUGGUGGUGGAAAGCAUUCUAUGCAUCCGGUUCGGUUGCUUUGUAUGUGUUCUUGUACUCUGUCAAUUACCUUGUGUUUGACUUGCAAAGUCUGAGUGGGCCCAUCUCUGCCACGCUCUAUCUUGGCUACUCUCUGUUGAUGGCAGUUGCAAUCAUGCUUGCUACUGGCUCUAUCGGUUUUGUGACAUCAUUCUACUUCGUCCAUUACCUUUUCUCUUCUGUUAAGAUUGACUGAGUAGCUAGAUAAAUGAGUUAAAGAGAUCUUUUCCUGGAAUCUUUUACCUGCAAAUGCUCUGAAGCAAGAUAUUCUCAGGUUACCAUGUAGUUUUUUUCCUUUAUGUUUUUGCAGCUAUAGAUUUGUAUCAAAUAUGUGGUUUAAUCGUAGUUCUUUCUUCUUGGCUGUGUAAUACUUUUUUUAAUAGAUAACUUUUUGCGUUCUGAUUUCUCUGUUUCUUCUGCCGCGUAGAACAAACGUGGUGUUCAUAAAAUGUCGUAUUCUGGUGUUCAGCUAUCUGUUAAUUUUGUUCAGAAUUUAUAUUUACCAUGAAUAAUACAAUUAGUGGAUGAAAACGUUG